AUGAGUGACCAUCUACCCCUUGUAGAGACGAUGAGUGACCAUCUACCCUUUGUAGAGACGAUGAGUGACCAUCUACCCCAUGUAGAGACGAUGAGUGACCAUCUACCCCUUGUAGAGACGAUGAGUGACCAUCUACCCCUUGUAGAGACGAUGAGUGACCAUCUACCCCUUGUAGAGACGAUGAGUGACCAUCUACCCUUUGUAGAGACGAUGAGUGACCAUCUACCCCUUGUAGAGACGAUGAGUGACCAUCUACCCCCUGUAGAGACGAUGAGUGACCAUCUACCCCCUGUAGAGACGAUGAGUGACCAUCUACCCCCUGUAGAGACGAUGAGUGACCAUCUACCCCCUUAUAGAGACGAUGAGUGA